AUGGCCCCCAAGUCGAAGGAAGUAAUCACCUCGGACAGCGAGAGCAGUCGCUCCAGCUCUCCUGAAGUGUCGAAGGAAGCGGAGGUUUCGAGUUCGGAACCCGAGACCAGCGACAGCGAUAAUGACAGCGUUGCCUCCGAAACGCAGGACAAGAAAAAGUCCUCUAAGGUCUCCUUCCAGGCACCUCAACCCUACCGGGCACCCUCUGGUUUCAAAGCCGCGAAGAAGCAGUCGCCCCCCUCAUCCAGCACUACCUCCCUUCUUUCCGAUCUGCGCGGCAAACAAGUCUAUCACAUCACCGCUCCUGCGUUCCUGCCUCUGUCUAAGGUGAAGGAGAUCUCACUGGGCAAGGUCAUGAAGGGCGAGCCAGUCAUGAAGCACGAAGGUGUGCAGUACGGAAUUCCAGCGGAGAGUAUAACCCAGAGCGAUGUGGGCGGAAAGGCCCUUCUUUUGUACGACUCGAAAUCUCAAACAUAUUACACUACAUCGACAAAGGAUAUCCGGAGCUAUCAUGUCCAAGAGUUGAUCAACCUUCCUGAAAGAUCUGAGGAAAAUGACACGGUGCUGGAAGCAGCCAAGGAACAGAUCAAGCCGCCAAGGAAGCAGCCCAAGCACCUCAAGAUGCGUUUCCGACCCGUUGGUAGCGAGCAGGUACCACCGGAGACCCUUGGAAGCAGUUCCGAGGAGUCGGAGGGGGAGCAGCCCACGUUCAAGGUGCCCAAGGAAUCGCGCAAAGAGAAGGAAGAUAAGAAGCGAAAGCACCAUCAGACAGAUGGGGAAGGUAGCCAGCCCAGUGCUGAGCCGCGGAAGAAAUCCAAGAAAGAGGACGGAGUAGAGAAGGCCGAGAAGUCGAAGAAGUCGAGUAAGAGCAAGGAAGAGAAGAAGCGCAAGAAAUCCGACAAGUCUGCUUGA